CUUUGCUUAGAUUCCAGUCCAAGAAGCCCAAGACGAGAGGGAGGAAACGAUACAAUGAAAAUAAUGAUAAAACUAGCGACAGAACUUUGCCGGCAUUUUUGACACACUUCUCUGCUGUUUCGUGUCGCUAUGGGGUAACUGAAUAGCGCAGUUUGGGGCGAAAAUGACAUCAAUUGUUUGUCAGGAAGUUUACUCCGGACGACUUUGAGGGACGCAUUUCUUCGCGCCCCCACCCAUCCUCACCUUGCGUCGAAGAAUGGGGGCCGGAGCUUUAACCAUCUGUCACAACGAGGCAGCGGUGCAGGUCAAGGAGGACAUAAAGAAGAUGGUGCAGAUACCCGUGAUGAGACCACGCUCGGUGACGGCCAAGCAAAAUCGGUUGUUCGGGGCACCCCUGCCCGAGCUGGUGGAGAGGGGCUUGACGGAGGACGGCGUUCCCCUGGUCGUGCGCAAGAUGGUGGAGCACCUACGCGAGCACGCACUGCAGCAGGAGGGCUUGUUCCGGGUGAACGGCAACGUGCGUGCAAUGGAGGCCCUGCGGCAGCACCUGGAGAGUGAUGAGGACGCCGACAUCGGCAGCGACGCGGACACGUGCACUGUGGCGAGCCUGCUCAAAAGGUACCUGAGGGACCUCCCCCAAGGCCUGGUGGAGCCUGCCGUCCAAAAAGCGCUGGUGCAUUACUACCAAGAGUGCGGCGACGAGGCCUCCUGCUCAGGCCUGAGGGAGCAACUGAAGCAGUUACCGGGCGACCACCUGAGCCUGCUGCGUUACCUGUGUCACUUUCUCACACUGGUGGAGAGUAACCAGCAGGACAACCGGAUGAACGCCCACAACCUCGCCACGGUAUUUGGACCGAGUAUCUUCCACGUGGCUCCCACGUUCGAGGCCCUCAACGAGCAGAACAUCUGCAACAAGAUCCUAGUACGGUUCAUCCAGAACUACAGCAGCGUAUUUGAAGUCGACAAAAAAGACGAAGAAAUAGGAGAUGACGUCAUCCCGUUGAAGGUUGCACAUACCGGUAAUGAUGCAGAACCUCCAUUCCAAGCCAACAGCAGCAUACCUGAGAAGACACGGAAGAGGAAGGUGAGGAACGCCAAAACUGACAGGGAUGCCCUCCAAGCGCCCACCUGUGCCGGCCGCCCGGCGCCACUGCCCCACGGCCGGGGGUCUUUCGGUGCACCGAUAAUGGUGCCUUUAAGGAGCGCCAGCCCCACCGAGGUGAUGGCGAUGACUCGUGGAGAUACCCCAGCCCCUGCCUGUUUCCAUGGCAACCUGGAUGUUAGCGCCCAGGAAGAUGAGAGGCCAAUAUCUCCUUUCUACAUGAGUCCUCACGGCUCUCCCGUAGUUCGCUCGCCUGAUGCCGUCAAAAUCCUGGACAAGACCAUCCGUUCGACAGUCAAGCAGCACCUCUUUGAUGGCCAUCGGGCAUCAGAUGUCGGAGAGCUGACCCCGCGGCAGCUUCUAACGGCGAGGCAGCGACGACGUCACCGCAAAGAGCAGCACGACGACAGCUCCGGACAACUAGACAGAAGCCGAACGGACACCAACAAGGAGAACAUCCCAACAUUAGCAAGAGGGAGCAGCUGUGUUAGAAGCCUGAGAGAGGACGUAGGCUGCGUUUAUGUAGGCUCACGCAGUGGGCAGGGUCCUCAGGUGGUGCGAGCACCAAAAUCCAGAAAGUGGAAACACAACCCGACGCUGGUGCAGCUCAACCAGGACGCACACGCAGAGUCUGCAGGCAUGUCGGCAACCUUUGAGAGAACCAGGCCCAGCCUCAUGGAGCCCUAUAAGAAAAGGAAUGACAUCUCAAGAAAAGAUGACCUUCCUUCUCCCUCACAGACGCUAAGGAUGAAGAUCCAGGAGUCGCCCGUCGUGGCCUGCGGCGGCGGGGAGGUUUUCGAUCCCGAGCGGGACAAGGCGAGCUGCGAUGACGUGCCCCGCCUGGACAGCAACUGGGGAGAACCCGUGCCGGCUUACUCGUCGCUACAGCGAGAGAACCCAGACCGGGAGGAAGCCCGUCUAUCGCCGGGCGUCGGCGGCCGCCUCAUCCGCCAGCUGCUGGAGGAAGGCAGCGACCCCAUGCCGUCCCCUCGCUUCUACGCCUACGGCCGUUGCCAGCAGUAUCUGGACGACACGGAAGUGCCGCCGUCGCCGCCCAAUGCCCACUCCUUCAUCAGUCGCAGGAGGAGCUCCUCUCUGGGGUCCUGCGACGACGACAAGGAGGAGCUGACCACCGCCCAGCUCACCAAGAGGAUACACGUUCUAAAGAAGAAGAUCCACAGGUUCGAGGAGAGGUUUGAGGAUGAGCGGAAAUACCGGCCUUCCCACAGCGACAAAGCUGGAAAUCCAGAGGUGCUGCGAUGGAUGAACGAGCUAGCCAGGUUGCGCAAAGACCUCAAAGAACACAAGCUGAUGAAAUCAGAGGAGGACCUGCCGCCGUUGACGCGGCAACGCAGCAACACGCUGCCCAAGAGUUUCGGUUCGCAGCUGGAGAAGAAACCCGCCCAGGAGAAGGUGCCCAAGCCCCCCGUGGAAAACACGCUAGAGGGCAUCCUCAAGAAGUUGCAAGAGAAACGGCAGGAGGUCGACAGGCCCGAGGACAUCAAGGAUAUGACCAGAGAACAGAUUGGAGCUGAGAAACUGGCCCUGCAGAAAGCGCUCCUUUACUACGAGAGCAUCCAUGGGCGACCUGUGACCAAGAGUGAGAGGGAGAUCAUGAAGCCAUUGUAUGACAGGUACCGGCUGGUCAAGCAGAUCCUGUCCCGAGCCUCGACCAUCCCAGUCAUUUGCGGCGGCGGCGGCGCUGUAACCUCCACGCCGGCUAACGGCUACUUCUCGACGUCACCGCAGGGCUCGCCCUCCAGCAAGCGCCGAGGCCCCCUGCUGCAGCCCAUUAUCGAGGGCGUAACCGCGCUUUUCUUCGACGACGUCAAGGAGGAAGAGGAAGGCUCGGAGGACGACGGUGACGCCAAGCUGCAGUUCUCUGUGACUACUCGUCCCGACCUGAACGUGUUCAGUUUCUUGGGUCACGAGGACGUGGACGGAUUCAUUUCCCCAGUUGACGAACUGACGCCCUCCAAGAACGUCACAGACAUGAGGCUGUCCAACCUGCACUCUGCCACCACACAAGAGCUAGUGGAGCAACUCCAGGAGACCCGAGAGGAGAAGAAACAAAUCCGCAAGACUCUCAAAGAGUUUGAGGAGCAGUUCUUUCGACAAAAUGGGAGGAACGUUCAAAAGGAGGACCGCUCGCCUCUCGCCACCGAGUACAAUGAGUACAAGCAUGUCAAAGCCAAAUUGAAGCUACUGGAGGUCCUCAUCAGCAAAAGAGAGCCCACCAAGUUCAUCUGAGCAAAAAAACACACCGAAUUAAAGACUUCAGUGUCAUGAUGGUUUGUCCGGUGGUUGGUGGUAGCGUAGAACCUUAAAUCUACACCCCCCUGAAAAAAAAAAUCACGCUUGUAAUGUCUACUAAUUUGUGUCCGUUUGUACCACAACGACAACCUUUCUCACAUUUUGCCAUAGAAGUCUUAAAAAAAAUUAUGUGGACGACAUGCUAUUUAAAAAAAAAAAAAAGAUGGUGCGCGAUAUUUUUGUAUGGAGACUUUAUAUUUGUUGGAGAUUUAACAUGUGACAUGACCUCUGUAAAAGAUUGUUUGCGAGUAGCUAAAAGAUUGUUUUGUUAGUAUUAUGGGCCACCCGUAAAAAUAGAAAAAACAAAAUGAUAUGGAUGUGAGUAUAAAGUCACAGAAUUGCUGUAAUCAGUUGCAAGACCUAAAUAAAUAUUCUGCAGGGUUUUAGUAAGAGACAAAAACAAAUUUUGCAAAUGGUGUGAGAAACUGGAAUUUUGCUGGGGGGAAAAAAGAUCAAACUGUAUAAUGAGGAAUUUUGUUAUUCAAAAUAAUAAUAAAUAGAAACAAAGCUGUAAUACUGCAAGCCAUAAUUGUAUUUUUGCACAAAUAAGUUCAGAAUUUUACAAGGAAAAGAACAAAAUAACAUGAAACUUUAUGAGAGACAAAUUUUAAUGAGCUCAUUGGAGGCAGAAAAUACCGGUAAUUGUCUUUUUCAUACCCAAAAAAUGUAAAAUAGAGGUAAGGUGUGCGGCCGAAAUAGUUUUUUGGGGUUAAAAAUGAUUUUAUAAGAACACAAAUGUUGAUUAUUCCACACCUUUUUUUAAUGUAAAAAAACAUGGCUUCAUUCUUCCAGCUAUUUUAACAGUUCUUCCAUAACUUUUUUUUCUUGUUUCAUUGAAUUAUGACUUUAUUUUGACUCCAGACUGCCCACGACUUAUUUUUUCCUCUCACAUUACAGUGUUAAAACUGUGGCAUAAUAAUCAUUGAUAAUUUUUUUUAUGGUAAAAUCAAGAUGUUAUACAUUAGCUCAUUUUAUGACUUUUUCCUCACAAAAUAGCAACUUCAUUCUUGUACUAUUACUUUAUUCCCGCAAAAUUAUUCUUUGUCUGGAUUUGACUUUGUCCUGCAAAUUCAGACUUUAUUCUCUAUCUGUUGAAAGGCAUGUUUCUGUUUUUUUUAAAAAUCUGAAAUAGAAAAAAAGUCCUUACCGUUACGAUAAAAAGGAGGGGAAAAAAAUCAAACUGAAAAAUUGGGCACUAUUUUUAUUGGCUACCUUCUGUCAUUUUUUUAACGUGGUCCAUAAUACUUGCAUGUAGAAUAACCCAAAGACUCACAACGUGUAUUUCGUGAUCACUGGUAAAAUCAGACUUAGCAUGUUUGUUUUUUUUUACUUUAGUCCUUGAGUGUGCGAGAGUUGUGUUAAAAAAUAUAAUAAUAAUGAUAGUAAUAAAUGUCAAUAUUUUCCCUCCUUCUGUAAAUCUGAACGAUGUAUGCAUAUGUUCACGUUUCUGUGAACACAUACAUUUCUGUUUUUCUUUUUCAGAAAUGGUUACAGAUAAGUUAAUCAGAGUGAAUAUUGGUUUUUAUUCAACACAAGCACUGGCGAGACUUCGCACAUUGAGAGUGUGUACAUUUUAGUACAUAAACUAUUUGUAUUUUGUACAUAAGAAUGUAAAAAGAUAUUUUUACUGA